UAAACCGAGGCAGUCUUUCUUGGACCUACUUUCAUUGCGCACUCAUCAUUUCUCAUCUCUGCUUCCUUCCACGUUUAGGGCCAGAUAAGAAACAAAAAAAAACAAAAAACAGAGGGGUAAUUUCUGCAAGCAAAGAGUUUCGCUCGAUUUGACAGCAACAUGCAAUUCAGCAUCGUGGUAGUGACCGUGAUUCUCCUCGGCCACGCGUGUCGGGGCCAACGACAACUGGAUGUGAUAGAACCGGAGCAGCAAGCGCAAGAGCGCAAGCCGCACGUGGCCAUCCUGAAGCAAAUCAACCAAAUCAACAAAGACGGCUCGUACACCUACGGUUUCGAGGCGUCCGAUGGCAGCUUCCGAGUGGAAACGCGGGACGUGAACGGCCAUGUAAAAGGAAGAUACGGGUACAUUGAUGAGUUUGGAGAAGUCAAGGCCGUGGCGUACGAAUCAGGUAAGACACAGGGUUUCGCUCCAAGAGGCCAGCAUUUGCCUGCGCUUCCACGGCCAUCGAAGAGCGGAGGAAACAUCGGCGAGGACGACGAGUUCGGUACGGACGAAGAUUGGAACAGUGUCGAUGCCGAUCAAGACGGAAUUCCGGAUAAACCCCGGCCGAAGGAAGAGAGGCCUGUCGUUACAACUAAACCCCCUCGUACGACCCCGCGGCCAACUCGUCCAGCAGCUGUUUUCACUGCCGCUGAAGAUGUGGCACAACCGGCUCGUCCAGUACCUCGGCCAGCUUUGAUUCCCGUUGAGGACAUGCCUCAAUCAUUCCGUCCCUUCCAGCCGUUCCAGCAGCCGAGGCUGCAAUUUCAGCCCCAACAGUUUCAAUUGCAGCCGCAGCAAUUUCGUUUCCGUGCUGCGCCAGAAGAUCCGCAGCAAUUUCGCCGCGAACAACAGCACCAAGAGCAAAGGUUUAGUGAGCCCAUUUUUCCAUCCCAAUUCCGUUCAAUACCAGCCGGAUUUCCUCAGCAGCGCAGCUUCGAUUCCGUUCCUUUCUCGUUCCAGCAGCCGAGAGAAUAGGGUCUCAAAAUAUAAUCGAAUUCCAGAGGAUAUAUAUCGUAAGUAACACCACUCCAUGAUCUUUUGUCCACCUUUUAUCUCGCCGCUGUCCGUGUCUCCUACAUUGCACCUCAGUCCAUGGCCAGUAUGGUUUAGUUUAUGUAUCAGUAUUAUGCGGUAUAUCAUGCAAUCGUUCAUCGUUUCCAUAGACGUUUAUCAAAUAUACAUUAUCCUUCGAAA